CUACCACUCACCUAACUCUCACAAAUAAUUGCUCCCACCCCAUCAGUCCUUGCAUUUGAACUUUCUGCUCAUUUGCAGUAAAAUAGUAUAAACAAAGAAGAAGAUCCAGAAACUGGCAUAUAUAUCUUCAACUCCAUUUGCCUAAAGAUUCAAACUUUGGUGAAUGCUGAGAAGAUGAAAAGCUCUGUAGUGUCAAGAAGCUGGGCUGUGUUCGACAAGAAUGGGGAAAGCGCAGUUAUGGAUUUGGAUAAGUACGGAAUCAUGAAAAGGGUUCCCAUUCACUCUCGGGAUCUUCGCAUUCUUGACCCUCUCCUCUCCUAUCCAUCUGCCAUUCUUGGCAGAGAAAAAGUGAUUGUUCUCAACUUGGAGCAUAUCAAAGCUAUAAUUACUUCCGAAGAGGUUCUACUUCGUGACCCGCAGGAUGACAAUGUUAUACCUAUUGUUGAAGAACUUCAAAGAAGGUUGCCCCUCGCUAACGGUCUAGCAGAAAGAGAUGACGAUGAUGACGGGUCACAACCGGGGUUAAGAACUAGUGAAGAAACUGAUGUUGAGCAAACUGAGUUCCCUUUUGAGUUUCAAGCCUUAGAAGUAGCUCUAGAAGGUAUAUGCAGCUUUCUUGACACACAAACAAGGGACUUGGAGACUGCUGCUUACCCUGCUUUAGACGUAUUAACUGCAAAGAUUAGUAGUAGUAAUCUGGAUCGCGUGCGCAAACUGAAGAGCGCAAUGACACGAAUGACAAGUCGGGUUCAGAAAGUGAGGGAUGAACUUGAGCAUCUUCUUGAGGAAGAUGAUGACAUGGGAGAUCUUUACCUAUCAAGGAAAUCAGCAGCACCUAUUUCUUCUCCAAUGAGCUAUAAUGUGGUUCCUGACUUGUUCCAUGACUCUCCAACCAUUAGCUCUAAAUUGUCCAGAACCAGUAGGAGAUCAACUCAUCAUGGUGAAACUGAUGUUGAGGAACUUGAAAUGCUUCUUGAGAUUCUCUGGACCUCCCAUCACAAUAAAAUCUGUGGUUGGAUUAUUCGUCUAGCAAGAGUGAAAAGGUCAAAGUUUGUAGCCAAAAACAGGAAUGACCUAAUAGGGUAUGAUUAAAAGGCUUACUUUGUGCAAAUAGAGAGCACUAUGAACAAGUUAACAACGUUGCGAGAAUACAUCGAUGACACAGAAGAUUAUAUUAAUAUACAGCUGGACAAUCACCGAAAUCAGCUGAUCCAGCUGGAGCUGUUCUUAAGUUCUGGUACGGUGUGUUUGACAGUGUACUCAAUGGUGGCUGCCAUAUUCGGCAUGAAUAUCCCACAUCCUUGGAAAGACCAUCACGGCUACCUCUUCAAAUGGGUGGUCAUCCUGGCUUCACUGAUUUGCGGGUCCCUCUUCAUAUCAUUAAUCUCUUACGCGCGACACAGGGGUCUGGUGGGAUGAUCGAUCCUCCAAUAAGAGCAUCUUUCUUCAAAAUCUUGGUUCAUUUUUGGAGCAAUACUUUGUGUAUAAAUUUUAAUUACACGUUCUUAUAUUUUGUGUGUCUAUACAAUCAUUUUUCAAAUUUUCUAUAUUUUUUAAAUUGAUUGUGUAGCAAGCUAAUUGUACAAAAAGUUGGCAUGCCCCUCAUGGAUUAGAAACAAAGGUGAUAAAGUUUUUGGUAU